AGAGAGAUUUGGAGCCGUCGGUUGUCAAUGACCGGGAUGAUGACAUUGAGGAGUUCUCUUCGCAGGAAGAUAUGGUUACUGGUAAUGUUGUGGAUCCACCAACAAAAUACCAUUCUGCAUGUAGCACUUCAAAGAUGCCCUUGCGUGGAAGUGGGGUUUUAACCACAAAAUCAUCUAUCCAGGGCAAGGUGGGGAAAAAGCAGCUGGCUUCGGAAACUCCAGCUUGCGGGAGUUUAGAGGUUGGGCAGAAUGGCUUGAUAUUUCCAAAGUUGACAAUCAGUCCUCUUCGAAGAUUCCAGCUAAUUGAUUCUGAUUCUGAUGAUAUGUCUGUCAGUGAAGACAUAAAUAAAGGAGCUAAUAAAACUGAUUCAUCAUCAAAGAAACAACAAUCUAUUUCAGGUGAACAAAAGAGAAAAGCAUCAUUACCCGACAAUGAAGAUUUGUGGAAAGAGUUUCCUCCAAUGAAUAACUUUCGUAUCCCAACUCCUGCUUUUGAUGAGGUCUUUGAAGAAUACUUUCAACCUGCAAAGGAUAAGAAUGCAGCUCAGAAACUAGGCAGCCAAAAGUUUGAGCAACAGUGUACUCCAAAAGACCCAUUGCCUCCUGCACAUCGCUAUUUUUUCCAUGAUGACUUGAGGAUUCGGAAACUUGUUAGUGAUCGCUUACCUUUCUUCUCUCCCUUGGGUGUUGUUGACAAUGGAGGGAACCAGCAAUCUAGUGCAUCAGCCAUUGAUUACAUGGGUCAAUUUUGCAAUGGAGAAACUUCUAAACACAAAGCAACUCAAAAGAUUAGCAGCCAGAAUUGCUCUACUAGUAGAAGAAACAAAUCAAAAAAACCAAUGGCUGAAGAUGUUUUACAUCCGUCUGAAGGUUGGGUUGAUCCAAAAAGCAGUGCUGCAGUUCCAAAGAAUGCUGGAAAAAGAAGGGUCCAUGCUAAUGGUCAAUCUGCUGGUCACUGGUAUACAUCUCCAGAAGGAAGAAAGGUAUAUGUCACCAAAACUGGGCAGGAAUUGACUGGUCAGAUUGCCUACAGACAUUAUCGGAAGGAGAGUGGAGCCGGACGAAGGAAGACCAAGAAGAAAAGCAAUGCCAAGAAGCGAAAAGGGUGAAGAUUAAUAAUCUGAAAAGCUUGGCUGCCAUUUUUAUUUCUUGUAAAUGUUGUAAAAUUUCCUCUCUUCAUCUAUGUUCUAUUCUCUUUUAUAACUUCUACAUUCCAUUUUACCGUAAUCCUGAGAAAUGGUUUUACCAUAAAUCUUUUUCAUUCAU